UUUUCUGGGGAGUUUUUUUUUUGGUGAGACAAAAUCAGGUCUAGAAUUAGUUUUAGUUUGAGGGCUGAAACUGUUAUUCCCCUUUAAUAAAGGCGAACAGUAGAACUAACAGGAGAGAGAGAGAGAGAGAGAGAGAGAGAGAGAGAGAGAGAGAGAGAGAGAGAGAGAGAGAGAGAGAGAGAGAGAGAUUAAAGGCAGUGCAGGCAUGAUGUCCUACAUUAAGCAGCCUCAUUACGCAGUGAACGGGUUAACGCUGUCCGGCCCGGGCAUGGACCUCCUCCACUCCGCCGUCGGCUACCAGAACACACCCCGGAAGCAGCGGCGUGAGAGAACCACGUUCACACGCGCGCAGCUUGAUGUGCUCGAGGCGCUGUUCGCUAAAACGCGUUAUCCCGACAUCUUCAUGCGCGAGGAGGUGGCGCUAAAAAUCAACCUGCCCGAGUCCAGAGUUCAGGUCUGGUUCAAAAACCGUCGUGCUAAGUGUCGGCAACAACAGCAACAGAGCAGCGGACAGCCGAAACCUCGGCCUCCCAAAAAGAAAUCGUCCCCUAACAGAGACACGACCUCUGACCCUGCAAAUACUAAUGCUAUUGCUAAUGCGCCCUACAGUCCAGUGGCUCCACCCCCUCCAGCCCCACCGACAGCCAUCACUCCAAGCUCAACUGGCACAAAUGCUAACGCGAGUGUCUCCAUCUGGAGCCCUGCGUCCGUCUCGCCAUUGGCUGAUCCACUCUGCGUGUCGAGUAAAACCGCGUACGCAAUGACGUACGCUCAGACUCCAGCCUACGCUCCGGCCUACGCAACUUCCUCGUCUUAUUUCAGCGGCCUAGAUUGCAGCUCAUACCUCUCCCCAAUGCACGCACCACUCUCAGCUACUGGGAGUGGCCCCCUUAGCCCUAUAGGCUCUUCCUCUUCCAUGGCUCUGGGCCAAUCACAGGUCUCGCAAGGUUAUGGCCCCGCCUCCCUCGGUUUUAGCACCAUUGAUUGUCUGGACUACAAUAAAGACCAAACAGCUUGGAAGCUCAACUUCGGUGCAGCAGAUUGCCUGGACUACAAAGACCAGAAUUCCUGGAAGUUCCAGGUGUUAUAGGCAGGGGGCGCAGUCGAGGGGGGAAUUUCAGACAAGCUAAAAUUGUUCCUAAUUGUGUCUUUGAUUUCAUUUUAAUUACAUGAUUUCCUGUGUUUCGCGUCAUUUUAAAACAGUCGAUUACAUAAACGGAUUGCUUGCGUUCGAAACUCCAGUUCGGUUUAGUUUAGGUUGUUAAAUUAAUAAAAUACAGUGAGCUUAAACAGAUUCUCGUGAUUUGAAAAAACCGUGCGAAUUGACUCGAUCAGAAAAAUUUUACGUAAAAUUACUGUUAAAUUUAGGCUGAGCGUCGGUUGGGUUUAACGCUCGUAGCUUAUUUAUGAUUUUAUUUAUAUACAAUCCCAUAAAAAUACUUUUUGCUCUUUAGUAUUGUUAUGAAUUUUGCGUAGAAAUCAUGUGGGAUUAAAACAAAAUCUGAUCAUUUUUCCGAAACUUGUACACGAUGUGAAAAUUUCAAAUGUGUAAAAUGUGUAACGAACAGCUCGUAUCAGAAUGAUUUCGUGCUUGUGGCGUUUGUUUGUUUGUGUUUUACAACUUAACUGAGAUGAAAUUGUCCGUAUUCAACAUGUAGAGUAAUUGCUAUAAAAUUUAGCCUAUGAAUGAUUUGAUUCAACAUACACGAAAUGUUUACUUAAAUGUUUUAAGGUAUCUGAGAAGAAGUUUGCAAAUGAUUCGCGCUUUUUUCCCGCGUUCUUCAAAAUUCGAAAGAACUGAAACUACUGAAACAUCGCAUAUUAAAAAAGAAAUGUACGGCAUCGUUAUAAAUUCGCUGUGUUGGUCUUUUGUCGUUUCUUUUGCGUAGACCGUAAUAAUUUGUUGUUUUCGUUGCAAUGGUGAAUUGUUGAAUUGUGCUUAAUUUGUUUUCAGUUAAUAAUAUCAUCAUGUUGUUCAGAGAUAAUGUUGAUAUAUUCAUUUCAAAAAAAUAAUUUUGGGCUAAUUGUAUUUUUAUUUUAUUUUUUGUGCAUUCCUGUCAUUGUUGCUUCUUCUGUAAAUAUUAAACUGGACUUGAAAACGGCUAAAUCAUCUGUAAUACAAUAGUUCUGAAUUAAUGUUUAGAAAACUGCCAACUUUUUAUUAUCGAUCUUAGUUUUUUCUCUCUUUUUUUCAAACUCAGGGGUUAACCUGUACAUGUAACAGUGUUAUGAUUGUGUGUGUGUGUGUGUGUGUGUGUGUGUGUGUGUGUGUGUGUGUGUGUGUGUGUGUGUGUGUGUGUGUGUGUGAAAGCCAUAAAUGAAUCAUUUUUACUCGUAAAAAUUUCUUCCUUAUUUUCGUUCUUAUGUUGAUCCUUACAAAUUCUCCACAUUUGUUUCUUCUUGUUCCCCCCUACUUUGUGUGUGCUUUUUCCAACAGGAUUCGA